AUGGCGUCUCUCCUCUUUCUAAUCUUCACCGUGGGGGCAGUCUUUGCGAGAAUGGGCUACUUCUCCUUCUCAUCCGUCGCCCGUGCUCUUCGCAGGCCCCUUGAGGUCGUUACCACGCAAGGAAAGGGGCGUCUUGUCAUCUGGUCUAUGCUUCUGUUGACGUCCGUGGGUACACUCAUCUUCUGCCCCCUUAGUGUGUCUCUCUCCCUCCCCCACGACUUCUCCGGCCUCAAGCCUCGGUAUCCGCUGUUGCGGACAGUGUGUGCGGCUCUGCUUGCAAGCCAGCCCGGGUGGAGUCUUCUGACGCAGAGAAUGAGACACAGUGAGUGCUGGAAAAAGAGACAUUUCAGAAACUGUUGCAUGAGUCGGUUUGUGGUGGGUUGCUUGAACGGCAGGCGGGCAGAGGCGGCAUCGGCAGAGGCAGGUGACGAUUGGCCCUUCAGUCGGGGCCGUGCUUAUCGCGCUGACCUCCUGCUUGGCGCUCAGCGGAAGGCAUUCACCAAUGACCCAUGGCGUGUUUCAUUGA